CGAGCCAGAGCCGCGGAAGCCGCCGCUGGGUCUCCAGCGUCACCCCGCGCCCCUGCUUGCUGGCGGCGGCUGUGAGUGCCGUGGCCGGCCAGUGGGUAGCCGGCGCCAUGGCCACUCCAGAGCCGCUGCGGCCGCGCCUAUGCUGCCUGGUGCGUGGCGAGCACGGCUACGGCUUCCACCUGCACGGCGAGAAGGGCCGUCGCGGGCAGUUCAUUCGCCGCGUGGAGCCAGGCUCCCCGGCCGAGGCGGCCGAGCUGCGCGCUGGAGACCGCCUGGUCGAGGUCAACGGCGUCAACGUGGAGGGCGAAACGCAUCACCAGGUGGUGCAGAGGAUCAAGGCUGUGGAAGGGCAGACCCGGCUGCUGGUGGUAGACAAGGAGACGGAUGAGGAGCUGCGCCGACGACAGCUGACCUGCACUGAGGAGAUGGCCCAGCAAGGUCUUCCGCCUGCCCACGACUUCUGGGAGCCAAAGCUGGUCUGGACACAUGCAGGCAGCCUUGGCUCCAAGGAUGGCCAGAAGGAUGUCAAUGGGCCUGCAAGGGAGCUUCGCCCCAGGCUCUGCCACCUGCUAAAAGGACCCCAGGGCUAUGGGUUCAACUUGCACAGUGACAAGUCCCGGCCAGGACAGUACAUUCGCUCGGUGGACCCGGGCUCGCCCGCCGCCCACUCUGGCCUCCGUGCUCAGGAUCGACUCAUCGAGGUGAAUGGGCAGAAUGUGGAGGGGCUGCGCCACGCAGAGGUGGUCGCCAGCAUCAAGGCACGGGAGGAUGAGGCCCGGCUACUGGUAGUGGACCCUGAAACAGACGAACACUUCAAGAGGCUGCGGGUCACACCCACCGAGGAGCAUGUGGAAGGUCCACUGCCGUCACCAGUCACCAAUGGGACCAGCCCUGCCCAGCUCAAUGGUGGCUCAGCGUGUUCAUCCCGAAGCGAUCUACCUGGCUUAGACAAGGAUAAUGAGGACGGCAGCACCUGGAAGCACGACCCUUUUCAGGAGAGUGGCCUUCACCUGAGCCCCACGGCAGCUGAGGCCAAAGAGAAGGCGAGAGCCACCCGGGUCAACAAACGGGCGCCACAGAUGGACUGGAAUCGGAAGCGAGAGAUCUUCAGCAACUUCUGAGCCCCUCCCUUCCCACUUGCUGGACCUGGGCCUCCUCCCUGCAUGGACUUUGGGUCUCGCCCCUUGGGUCCAGACCAGAGCUCCCCAAGCCUCAGUGGACUGGAAGAGGCGCGUCCUCACCCGCAGAAGCCAUGGUGGUACCACCACCACCCAAGAACCAACCCAUGUCUCAGUGAGUCCCUGUCUGAGCCCUCUGCCGUGGGGGCUGAGGGAAUGUGGCAGCAAGAUUGGGGAGAGGGAGCCCCCAGUAUAUGAGAGAGACAUUGAGAAAGGCAGGGCCAGCGGUGUGACCCUAGGGGCCAGGCCCUUGCUGCUCUGCCCGGGCCCGCUGACUUAGAGGAAUUUGUGGUUUUGCUUUUUUUCCAAAAAGAGCUCCAGCUCCACAUAUGUUUCCACUUAAUACCAGAGCCCCCACCCCCACCAGGACGUGCUCUCUAAAUAAUUGCAAUAAAACAAACCUUUCUCUACAAA